AUGACAUGUUCUGUUUUAUUGGUAGAGAUUAUCAAUGGAAUGGAGGAAACCAUGGCAUGGGAUUCGAGUUUUACAAGAUGGCCUGAUGCUGUACCCAUGGCAGGGUCAAUGUUUCCUCUUGGGUACUGUUUGAUUGGUGCAGCCAUUAUUGGUAAGGUUGGUCCUUGUGCUGCAACUGCAUAUCUCAAUACCUACCCAUUACAUUAUGUGCAGCAGCCAUUUGAUUUUUUGCCUCGUAUUCCUCUGAUGGUUAUCCAUUGUGGUUAUCUUUCCAAGGGCUUCUCUGCCAAAACUGAGGGAAACUCUGUGGGAUGCACGUGUCUUGUUGAUGAAAUUUCACGUGGAGAUGGUGACCCAUGUGUAGUGUAG